UAGUCGCCUUUUACGGCAGGCAUGGGUUGCUGAAGACCUUUUCUACCCUGGAUCUUCACGGGUCAUGUGGCUAAGUAUGUGUGUGUGUAUUAGAUUGCAGUUUGCAUAUUUCCAUGGGAUAUCCAUCCUAUUCACAUUGUAGUUUGGUACUUUUGUACUUCCACUAGUCUUAAUUAGAUACUACUGUACCGUAUUCAGUUACGUAUAUUUAGGCAUAAUUCCAUCGGUAAUUUGCCAUCUACCGUAAACAAUGUGUCACCAUUUUGGGAACUCCUUGUUCAGUGAAAUUAAUGUCAUUUUAGAGAAUCAUGUUGACACAAUUUGUUUAUAAGUUUCGUCAUGGAACAACAAUGCUUAGAACAAAGGGCAAUUCACAUACUAAAUCGCAUUUAGAAUUUACAUGAACAAUAUAUCAUAGUAAGCGCAACACGACAGGAGAUUUAGACCCUUCGCAAACGUUUACAGAGAACACCAUGCGAGAAUUCAGCGUGACGAGCGAACGCUUUUAACCACUACAUGCAGGCUACUCGAUUGCCCCUCUUUCUCAGGAGAUAAAAAACAUGUGUUAACCUUGCAGCUGAAUGUUCCUUUUAUUGAAACGUCACAUUUCCAUAUGCUUGUAUUGUCAGCCUGCACGGCAUUGAUGUCGGCUUAAUCUUAUGUUUGCUGGAGCAUAACGACCUGCCAACAGGUUGUACAAGUUGUUUUGAACAUAUCAUUGUGAAAAAAACAGUUUUGUUUUUAGUUGUGUGUAGGGAAAACCAGUCUGAUCGAGAUGUGGUCCACAAAUCUAGUUGUCGAUAUGACACUAUAUGACUUGGAACUAUUUUUAGAACACUGUCUAUUCAGGAGAUAAACCUUCUGUGUUUUGAAAUGUGAUGUAGUCCCACUGUAGAGUAGAUACCUCUGUAUUUUAAUUUCGGUUUUCCAAAUUACAGUGGGACUACAUCAAAUUUCAAAACACAGUAGGUUUAUCUCCAUGCAAAAUGUAACAACUCAGGGUACAACGAUCCGCAAUCUUAGAACAUUCCGAAAGUGGUCACAGGUUGUUAUUUAUGUAACAAUUAUUACUAAAGUUCAAGAUUAAUAACACCAUAGUCGUGAGUAGUUCAAAAUAAGUGUUCAUCAAACAGUUUUUCAAUAGAAGAUGACAAGUAACCAUCCAAACUAAGUCCAAAGACAGAUGUUUAAAUUUCUACCAACUUGUUGUACACUGUUUGGGCUGAUUGCUUGGCAUUUUGCGAGCGAGGGGAUUUCUUGGAAAUCGAACAUGCCAUCAUUUCUUUUGUGGGGGUGACAGGUUGUAGAAAAAGGUUUAAAAAUGCUAAACGAAUAUAUUUCUACAACAUACUUUUUGAAUUAACAGUCUGUUAUACAUGUUUAACAUGUGUAAGUGUUAUUAGUUAGUUAGCAAUUACCCCCAGUAAACAAUGAUAACAUCAAUAUAAUGCCUCUCAAACCCAAACUUGGAUGUGGCAGAACGUGAUCUAAAUCACGGUUACUCACACCUCGCAGCCUUGUCAUUGGCCGACAAUCUGGUGUUUACAUUCUCCGCUGGUAGUCAAAUGAAGGAAGAUGUCAACACCGAUCUAUGAUGUGGUUUAACCUUAACCUGUAGAUUUACUGGGAAUGAUCGAGCACGCUGGUACAAUAUGAUUACCGAUGGAACUGAGUAUGACUCAACAGCCGCCUUUUAGCCUGCAGACGAGCCGCACAUUUUGACACGCGGUAGAUCUCAGUAUCUUCAUUGAUUCCAAGUCAGAGUGUGAAUGGAAUGAGACAUUCGUGGCCCAGAAAUAGUGGGUCGUGUAUGAUUUUCUUAAUGUGUGCGUGUUCUGAAAUGAAUUUCAUCAAGUUUGACUUCAAUGAUGUCGGGACAUUGUUUUCAUGGCUUUUCGAUUGGACUUUCACAAAAAUGGAUCACAAAAAGAUAGGCUACUACUGGUGUUGACGUGGAUGGGUUGUCAUGGGGUCUCUGUCUACUGGGUAUCGACCCUGGCGGGUGUGGGGACACCCCUCUGAUAGCGUUGCAGGUGCGGGUUAACGACUCGCAUGAUGGCUUACUGCGUUUUGGGCAAGUGAUUGCCAAUGUUUCUGUUUACUGGCUCUUUUUCUGUGGUGAAUCGACGGGUGAAAGAAUAUUCCAAAAUUGUACAGCAAAACAUUAAGAUUGGAGAUCGAGAUUCAUCCAUAAUCGCAAGGCAAUCAGUUCUUGUCUAUGCUGACGAAAGACAGUAGAGAGAGGACAUAUACAGGAACAGUCCAAACAUUCAAAAAUGGAGAAGAUGAAGCAGUUUCACAAAUGUAGGAAAUGGUGUGGUAUGAUACUAGUGAUGGAGAUUGACAGACGCAUGUCUACAGGAGCAGUGUUCCUAUUGGUGCUGGUAAUUUAAAAGGAAGCAAAAAUCACCCGAUUCCAUCUGUGAAGGAUAACUUCUGGCACUGUGAGUUUCCCUUCACCCGUCUGACUUAAUUUCCAUCAAUUCCUCUGCGUGGAGACUUCUGUGCAUUAGUGCGGAGAAAUGGCAUACCUCUCCAAGAAUUCAUGAGGUUUGAGUCAAUGCGUGUACAAUCCUUUAAUGGCGUCAGUGUUGCAGUAUCAGCCCUUGUCUUAGCUACAAAAGAUGACGACGAGACAAGAUGCUUUAGCUGCGGAAUCAGGCACAGGAACUGGAGAAGAGGGGACAAGCCUGCUGAUUUCCACGCCGAGGAUUGUUCCAGACAUAAUGCUCGGAAUAUACGUUUUGAAGAAAACGCUUUGCCGACGGAAUCUGACAUACAGUCUCAAAGUCAGAUUGCCUUUCCGCAUGACCAUGAUAUUCAUCCGCCACCACAAUCUGUAUCUUGCCAGGAAAACAUUGCAGAGAGUCAGCAUACUAACACAAAUGUCCAUCGUUACCACAAUUCGAGGGAAAGGCUGCAAACAUAUCAACACUUAAACUGUCAUCAUGACAUUCAAAACCCUUUGCUUGAAGAACUAGCCAAUGCAGGAUGCUAUUGUUUAGGAACAUCUGACAGAGUCCGGUGUUUUGCAUGUGGGGUUAUCUUGAGUGACUGGGAGCCAGGGGAAAACCCUUGGGAAGAACACGUCCAAUGGAGCCCAAGGUGUGAAUUUGUAACAUCUGUGAGACGACGACAACGAUACUACAUACACAUCACUGCGACAAUCGCCUCUCAGACAAUCCAUGAGCGUCAAAAUGGUAUUCUCACAGACAGACGGGGCGUUGAGCUUCUCGAUGUGUUCUACAGAUGUCUUGAAAUGGGCUUUAGUCAACAAGAAAUAUCAAGCGCGGCUUUAAACGUUCUUGAACAAGGAGGAUACUGUGGAAGAGGCCCGUGCACGAUGUCUCCUCUGCUUCUACUUCCUGCUCUGUUGGAAGAGAGAGGCCCAGCUUCAUUUUUCGCAGACAAAGGAUUAUGUCAAGUUUGCUCCAAUGAAACUGUCAGUACCAUCUUUCUUCCCUGUUGUCACGCCGUAUCAUGCGACCCGUGUGCCCGCAACAUAAGAGCGUGUCCCCUCACAGCAUGUGGCUCGAGAGUUCAACACUAUAUAUGCCCUUAAAACCGUUUAAAACAUGAAUUAUGAUACGAACAGUGAUUGAUAACUUUUGAGCCUCAGGUAGAAAAAGCUCAAAGCGCUGACACCAUUAUUAACCCGGUCAAUGGAUCAAUGUGCACCCGAUAUUCGUUCUCAGCUUACUGUGGAGCAAACCGCUCAGGCUGCCUUGGAGGAACUGGAUUGUUAACAGUCAAGUUGCCGAUCACGGUCACCCAACAAACUACACUCAGCGACUAAUGUUGGAUAACUUUACCUGAUUUAUGACACGCACAGGACCAAUGUCACCACACCGGUGUUUCCUGUCCUUUUCUAGUAUUUUACUCAUAUCUUCAUGGAUGUCUUUCGGUGUUCAGCCCUCUUUCUGCAGAAUUUGAUAUUCGUUCUCAGCUUACUGUGGAGCAAGCAGCACAGGCUGCCUGGGAGGAACUGGAUUGUUAACAGUCAAGUUGCCGAUCACGGUCACCCAACAAACUACACUCAGCGACUAAUGUUGGAUAACUUUACCUGAUUUAUGACACGCACAGGAACAUAUGUCACCACACCGGUGUUUCCUGUCCUUUUCUAGUAUUUUACAUAUAUCUUCAUGGAUGUCUUUCGGUGUUCAGCCCUCUUUCUGCAGAAUUUGAUCACUGCACGUACUUCUUGUUUAUCCAUUUCCCAAGUUCAUAGACCCCCUGCUUAUUUACUGCCUCGUCACAGCGAAACAAUUAUUGCUCAUAUUGUUAAUAUACUUUUAUGACAUCUUGUAAUAUCCACUGCAAAAUAUGUCACCGUUACGCAAUUCUUCCGUUACUGAUAAUCAACGCUCGUAUGUUUUGUUUGCCUCUGACCAAGGAUGAUUGCGUAUCUCAGAUAAGAUACCGGUCAUAACGUAGAGUUAAUUUCAAAUGGAUGUCUACGAAUUGGGGGUCACGUCAAAGUCGAAACACUUCAAAUGUCAAUGUCAUUUUUUUAAUUAAUAAACGUAUCUGAUCAUAAUGUUCCUGUAAAUUAUGGAAAAGAGCAGGCUGCAGAUAUAAAAAAUUCAGGCCGUAGAUAUGGUAACGACAGGCAAUGUAAUAAUUUCACUUGCUUUAUAUUUUGACAGUGUACCACACACACACACACACACACACACACACACACACACACGACGAUCGACGAUCGAUAUGUUCGAAAGCAGUUCUGUCAGCAAAUCAUAACUGGUGUUACUCCACAGGUUGGGCAGCGAACAGCUUUCAGUGAUCCAUUCAUGUAAUUGUCACCGCUAUUAUGACUUUUACUCCUAGUGGAACUUGUUUCGUCGGAUAAUCGAGACUGGUUAUUGUCUUGCGAUGAUGUCUAAUAUUAGCAGCAUGAUAACAUUAGAGGGAUGAGAAAUGAAACAGCGAGUAGAGGGAUAGGAAUAUAGAAGCGAUAAAACACACACACUAUUAGAUAGCCUAAGCUAACCGUCUCUCAUUCAGGAAGUUAUAUGUUAAUUAACGUAUAUCAGCCGUGCGUUUGUGGUUGUUGUAAUGUUAUCAUAAUCCCAAAACUACUUGUAACAUGAUCUGUUUUUCUUUGUCCAAGUGCCUAAUUCCUUUUUUAUGUAUAGAAACACUUUGAAAAUGUAUAAUCGAUAUUUGGUAAUGUUUGACAAAAUGGUCACAAAAAUCAAAUUGAGUUGAGUGUAUUUAGACAUGCGAUAAUCAUACACAACAAUGUCAUUUUGUCAUAGUCAUCAUUCUUUGUCAUGCCAGCAAAUAUUGUAUUAUUGUCCUUCGAGUUAACUUUGAUAAUACGUUUUCAUUGUGUAUCAGUACACAAAUGUACAAGUAGUUGUUGUUUAUAAUUGAAGUUUGAUAUAGGCCACUAUAUAUCACAUGCAGUUAGUGUAUAUAGUGUAUUAUAGUGUUAUUUUAUUGAAAUAAGCCCGUGCUGACAAACUGGGCAAUAUUUUGUUGUAAACGCCUUGUAUUAUCCAUAUCGGAAUUGACCAAUUCGUGAUUUCGGCAUUACCCCCUUUUAGUAGUAUAAUGGCCAUACAUAUACAGUCAAGUCUCGUUAAUCCGACAUCGUUAGUUGCACAUGAUUGUGUCGGAUUAACGAGUAUGUCGGAUUAACGAAAUUAAGUGAUUUGUGAUCGGAAAUCGGACGUCUUCACGA